AUGAUGUCCAUGAACAGCAAGCAGCCUCACUUUGCCAUGCAUCCCACCCUCCCUGAGCACAAGUACCCGUCGCUGCACUCCAGCUCCGAGGCCAUCCGGCGGGCCUGCCUGCCCACGCCGCCGCUGCAGAGCAACCUCUUCGCCAGUCUGGACGAGACGCUGCUGGCGCGGGCCGAGGCGCUGGCGGCCGUGGACAUCGCGGUGUCCCAGGGCAAGAGCCACCCUUUCAAGCCGGACGCCACGUACCACACGAUGAAUAGCGUGCCAUGCACGUCCACGUCCACCGUGCCACUGGCGCACCACCACCACCACCACCAUCACCACCAGGCGCUCGAGCCCGGCGAUCUGCUGGACCACAUCUCGUCGCCGUCGCUCGCGCUCAUGGCCGGCGCGGGUGGCGCGGGCACGGCGGGCGGUGGCGGCGGUGCCCACGACGGCCCUGGGGGCGGAGGCGGCCCGGGGGGCGGCGGUGGCCCGGGCGGCGGCGGCCCCGGGGGUGGCGGCGGCGGCGGUGGCCCGGGUGGCGGCGGCGGCCCGGGCGGCGGGCUCUUGGGCGGCUCGGCGCAUCCGCACCCGCACAUGCACGGCCUGGGCCACCUGUCGCACCCGGCGGCCGCGGCCGCCAUGAACAUGCCGUCCGGGCUGCCGCACCCCGGGUUGGUGGCCGCGGCCGCUCACCACGGCGCGGCGGCGGCGGCGGCAGCGGCGGCGGCGGGGCAGGUGGCAGCCGCGUCGGCGGCGGCGGCGGUGGUGGGCGCGGCGGGCCUGGCGUCCAUCUGCGACUCGGACACGGACCCGCGCGAGCUCGAGGCGUUCGCCGAGCGCUUCAAGCAGCGGCGCAUCAAGCUGGGCGUGACGCAGGCCGACGUGGGCUCUGCCCUGGCCAACCUCAAGAUCCCGGGCGUGGGCUCGCUCAGCCAGAGCACCAUCUGCAGGUUCGAGUCGCUCACGCUCUCGCACAACAACAUGAUCGCGCUCAAGCCCAUCCUGCAGGCGUGGCUGGAGGAGGCCGAGGGCGCGCAGCGUGAGAAAAUGAACAAGCCCGAGCUCUUCAACGGCGGCGAGAAGAAGCGCAAGCGGACUUCCAUCGCCGCGCCGGAGAAGCGCUCCCUCGAGGCCUACUUUGCCGUACAACCCCGGCCCUCGUCGGAGAAGAUCGCCGCCAUCGCCGAGAAACUGGACCUCAAAAAGAACGUGGUGCGGGUGUGGUUUUGCAACCAGAGACAGAAGCAGAAGCGGAUGAAAUUCUCUGCCACUUAUUGA